GGAAGCUUUCUAUCGAAACUGCAUCUUACCACCAUGCUUCUUCUUCUUCUUCUUCCAUUUCGAUUCUCUAUCUUGUUCAUCUUAAUAUCGGUUUUAACCCCACGAGCUAGCGGAUUGUCUUUCAACUUUACCGGUUUCAGCGCCGGCGACUUGAAUAUAACUUAUGAAAGAGCAUUCCCAGCAAACCAAACUAUUCAGCUUACCACAAAUACAAGUUUCGGCCGAGCCACGUAUCAUAAAGCUUUGCAGCUUUACGAUAAAGGUUCGGGAAAUUUAACAAAUUUCCAAACUCAUUUUUCUUUUGUCAUAAAUUCGGAGAAUAGGUCUACCUAUGGAGACGGUUUAGCCUUCUUUCUUGCACCGGAAGGUUCAAAGCUACCUCGUAAUUUGACAAAUGGUAUCAGUUUAGGCCUUGCAAGUGAUAAUCAGGAGCUAAACACUACAUUAAAUGAUUUUGUAGCGGUUGAAUUCGACAUCUUUUCGAAUUACAUAGAUCCCCUAUACGAACAUGUAGGUAUUGACCUCAAAUCGAUGAGGUCUGAGAACACUGUUCAUUGGUUGUGUGAUAUACAAAGAGGAUUAAGAACUGAUGCCUGGAUUAGUUAUAAUUCUAGUUCUCUUAAUCUCAGUGUUGCCUUCACCGGAUUUCAAGACGGUACCCUAGUGAUGCAACAUCUUAGUGAGAUAGUUGAUCUGAGGCAAUAUUUGCCAGAAAGGGUUACGUUUGGCUUUUCAGCAUCAACAGGAGGACUUGUUGCUUUACACAGCAUACACUCGUGGGAAUUCAGUUCAGCCUUAGGAAUUGAUGACAAUCUAGUCCCAGAAAAUCGAGAAAACGAGCAAAAACAAAGUACAAAAGGGAAAAUGUUAGCGAUCGGAUUGGGAGUUUCUGGCGCUUUUGUCGGGUUGGUUUGUUUAGUUGUGAUUGUUACUGUAUAUUGGAAGAAAUCUGCUAGAGAUGAAGAAGAAGCUCAUGUUCUGGAUGAGUACAUAGAUGACGAAUUCGAAAAAGGAACAGGACCAAAGAGAUUUCCGUAUCAUGAAUUGGCUCGAGCAACAAAUAACUUUAAGGAUGAACACAAGCUUGGCCAGGGCGGAUUUGGUGGAGUUUAUAAAGGAUUCUUAAAGAGCUUGAACAUAAAUGUAGCUGUUAAAAGAGUAUCGAGGGGUUCUCAACAGGGGGUUAAAGAGUACGCAGCGGAAGUGAAGACAAUUAGUCGACUGAGGCACCGAAACUUGGUGCAGCUCAUUGGUUGGUGUCAUGAAAGAAAAGAAUUACUACUAGUUUACGAGUUGCUGCCUAAUGGUAGCUUAGACUCUCACCUUUUCAAAGAAAGCGGUUUACUGACUUGGGACCUAAGGUACAAAAUUGCUCAAGGGUUAGCCUCGGGAUUGCUCUACUUGCAUGAAGAAUGGGAACAAUGUGUGGUUCAUAGAGAUAUUAAAUCUAGCAACAUCAUGUUAGACUCUAAUUUCAGUGCGAAACUCGGAGAUUUCGGUUUAGCACGGCUUGUCGACCAUGGAAAAGGAUCACAAACGACGGUUUUGGCAGGGACUAUGGGGUAUAUGGCACCUGAAUGUGCCACAACAGGCAAAGCUAGCAGGGAAUCCGACGUGUACAGUUUCGGAAUCGUCGCCUUGGAAAUAGCAUGUGGAAGAAAACCUAUAGAACCUAAUGCAAAUGAAGACGAAGUAUAUGUGGUAAAAUGGAUUUGGAACCUGUACGGCAGGCGAGAGCUACUUCAAGCGGCAGAUCCUAGGCUAGGUGGAGAAUUUGACGAGCAGAACAUGGAGCGGUUGAUGAUCGUCGGGCUCUGGUGCGCUCAUCCAGAUGAAAAUCUCCGACCGUCUAUAAGGCAAGCGAUUCAUGUGCUGAAUAAUGAAGCUCCAUUACCUAUUCUCCCACCAGAAAUGCCCGUUCCAUCGUACUUUGCUCCGGCUCCAUUUAAUAUAUCUGCUCUUGCACUGUCUUAUAGUACUACUGAUUCCAGCCAAAGUCAAUACCAGUCUUCACAGUUCAUCGCAUCUUCGGCGGCCUCAUCUACCUCGCACCAGAAACUGCCAAGUUCCUAAACUGACAUUCUGAGUGUAAAUACUAAUUGAGCACAUUUUGUUUCCAGUUUUGUAACACCAAGCCAGUAUACAAUUUGGUUUGUGAAAGGUUCAAACUUUUUGGGUCCACUGAGAUUAUUUUCACUUCUCCUAACAGUCAUAUGUUCCGGAGCCUCUAUGAUCGAAAGGUCUAGUUUUUGUUCAUUGGCAACCCCCAUUUAAUUAACUAAAUGUAUAAGAUAAACUGGACAUGUACUUGUUCACGUUUCGUAUGCGGGGAUAUAUUAGAGAUAAUAUCA